AUGUCAUCUUCCCCUUCUAUAUGUGCUUCACCGAGCUUUACUUUCCCUAGUAGUACUCAUACUCCUUCAACCCCUACUACUUCAAAUCAGUCACCUUCAUGUACCACCACCACUAAUAAUAAUGUAAACGCCACUUGUACAUCAAUCACCACCACCACCACUUCAAAUGAUUACUUUUUUAAUCCAAAACUAAAACCAUCUUCUUCAUCAACAUAUCCUUGUCCUAUAACUAAUACUACUACUACUACCAUCACCAAUACUAUACCCAAAUCAACUUCUGCUUCAUCUUUAUCUUCACCCAAACAUAAUAAUCAAAACCCAUUUUCAAAUCAUCAUCAUAUUCAUACUUUGCAUAACAACAACAAACCAGUUGACUCAUCACUACCUCUGGUUCCAACCAGUCUAGCUCCUCCUCCUUCUAUUCCUCAACCUCAUCAUCAUCAGCAUCACUCAAAUGGUCAUUCUAUAUCUUCAUUAUCAUCAAAUUUAUCGGAUUUAACCAUAUAUGAACAUAGUUCAUCUCAUUCAAUGAAUCGAUUCAAAAAUGAAAAUUCAUUUGUAUCAACUGAAACUUUAGUAGAAGCAAAUAAUAUGAAUCCUUUCUUUAAUAAUGAUCGAUUUGUACCGAAACAUAAAUAUAAUCAAUCAUUAUCUGCUACUUCCGAUAGAUCUGGUUAUUUAUCGUCCUUUAAAGAAGAAGAUGAUAAUAAUAAUGAUUUAGAUAAUCAUAGUAGCAGUAAUAAUUCAACUAGAAUUACCAAUUCAAACCUGUCAUCUUCAAAUUCAUCAUCAUCCAUACCUUAUCCAAGAGCAACUUCAGCUAUUGAAUCAAGUUUCCCCUUUCAUUUAAGUCAACCUUUACAAAAAGUUCAAUCAUUAAAUUCUCAUUCUAAAUUUGCAUUAAAGAAACAAAUUACUUUACCUUCAUUAUCUUUAAAUACUACUAAUGAUUCUACUACUACUCCAUCAACUCCUCCUAAUAAUAAUGAUCUUGCUGCAUUUGAUUCAAUAGUUAAAAAUGAACAAUUAAAACGAUUAAAUUAUUUACCAAGUCAAAAUUUUAAACCUCAAAUUGAAAAAUUAUUACCUCAAAAGAUUAAUUAUUAUUCUUUAAAUGAAAUAUCUCACCAAAUUGAAUCAAUUAAUACUUCCAAUAAUAAUAAUCUUAUUAUUGAUAUACGACCAUUUACUGAUUUUGUUAAAUCUCAUAUUAAAUCAUCCAUAAAUAUUUGUUUACCAUCAACUUUAUUAAAAAGAACUAAUUUUACGUUAACAAGAUGUAUUAAUCUGUUACCUGAUUUUGAAAAAUUUAAAUUUCAUCAAUUUUUAAUUAAUGAAAAGGACUAUGAUGAUGCAAAUUUAAUUAUUUAUGAUAAUUUAAAUAAUUCAUCCAAUUUAUAUCAUUUUUUAAAUAAGUUUCUUGAUUGUCCUAAUUUUAAUAAUUCAAUUUCAAAUAAAAAGAUUUAUUUAAUGGAUUCUAAUUUCAAUCAAUUUCAAUUGAUUUAUCCUCAUUUAUUAGAAUCAGGUCCAGGUGAAUCGAUGAAUGUUAAUAGUACUUCAACAUCCACAACCACAACUUCUACUACUCCGAUUCCAUCAUCAUUUAAAUCAUCUGAAAUUAAUUUGAAUAAUUAUUUACCUCCAUUAAUUGUUAAUAAUAGAUCAACAAGUGUAUCUAAUUCAAGUCCAAGUAAUACCAAUGAAAGAUCAAGAUCUCAAUCAUUAGCGGAAAUCUCACCUUAUAAUCGAUUAUUUUCCGGUAUAACUCCAACUACCAAUGAAUAUAAUUCAGGCUCAUCAUCAAUUAUGACAUCAACUCCUAUUUUAUCAACUAAUUUCUCGUUACCUAAAAUCAAAACCAAUUUUAAAAUUAGACAUAAUGAAGAAUUAGGAGGUUCAAAUAGUAGUAAUAGUUCCAAUGAUAGUUCGAAUUAUAAUCCAUCAUUUGAAACUAAUUUUAAUCUGAAAACUUUACAAAAUAAUCAUAAUAGUUUAUUCAAGUUAACUAAUAUACCGAAGGAUGUUUCCAAAUUACCAUUAUGGUUAAGAAAAACUGUUAUGGAUGAUAAUGAUUCAACUACUAGUAGUACUAAAAAGAUUAAUGAUGAUUUUUAUAAUUUAGAAAAAUCAGAACAAAGAAGAUUACUUCAUGCUUUAUCAUUAAGUAAUCCAAAUACUAGUACUACAUCAAGUAUGGAAUCUUCACAAAAUAAUAAUAAUAAUAAUAAUGAAAAUGAUGAUUUACCUCCUACUAUAAGUUGUGGUAUUGAAUAUGGUCAUAAGAAUCGAUAUAAAGAUAUAUUUUUAUAUGAACACCUGCGUGUUAAAUUACGUGAAACUGUUAAUCCAUGCGUUGAGGAUUACAUCAAUGCAUCCUACUUGAAUCCUAUUCAUAAUUUAGGAGAUUUAAUCAAAGAGGAGAAACAAGAGGUUGAUAGUUUUGAAGAAUAUAAAUAUAUUGCAACUCAAGGUCCAUUAGAUGAAACUAUGGGAGAUUUUUGGAAAUGUAUUGUUAAUUUACAUAUCCCAUUAAUCAUAUCUUUAACUGAUGAAAUUGAAAAUGGAUUAAUUAAAUGUUCGGCGUUUUGGAAAAGUGGAAUAUAUAAAAGUAAUACUGAUCGGAUUAAUGUUAAAAUUGAUGAUGAAAUUACCAUUAAUGAAUUCACCAUUUUAAGAAUGUUUAAUAUUUCCAUUAUCGGGAGUAAUAAAGUAUCGAAAGUUUUACAAAUUCAUUUUUUAAAUUGGCCUGAUAUGGGAACCAUUUUAUCACCAUUAGAUUUGAUUCAAGUUAUUAAUUUAAAACAUCAUAUUUUAUCGGAAAUCAAUUUAACUAAUAGUUCAUAUCCUACUUUAAUUCAUUGUUCAGCAGGUUGUGGUAGAACAGGAACUUUAUGUACUAUUGAUACUAUGAUUAAUAUUAUGAAUCAUGCCAAAAAUCCACUUGAACAAGAUCUUAUUUAUAAUAUCGUUAAUAACUUCCGAAAACAACGGAUCUCAAUGGUACAAAAUUUACGACAAUAUUAUUUAAUUUAUGAAGUUUUAUUAAAUUAUUUAUCAAAUGAUAAUCAAAUUGAAAUUAAUCAUCGGGAUGAUUAUAUUCAUUUAAAUAUUGUCAAAUUAUUUAUAACUCAAUUCAAUGAGUUGGCAUGA